UAGAGAGAGAGGGGGGAAAAAAGAGCAAUGGAGGAAUCCAUCGGAAAAUUCUGCAAGACGGUGACGAAAUUCUGCAACCACCUCCAAACGAGCUGCACCGCCCUGAAGGAGUCCGUCGACCGCCGCCCAAUCCCCCUCGAUUCUGCAUCUACAACUUUCGUUCAAAGCGUGAAUCAGAGGGUGUCCGCCGCCGGCGACGACCUGAACAUGCUGGAAUCCAUGUCCUUCGCCACCGUGUCGUUUGAGGAGCUCCUGGGACACUGCAAUGAGGUGUUGAAGAAGAACCAAAAUGACAUUUUUGCCCUCCAGGAUCACCUCAGCUCCUCCUCUAGCUACAAUCUCCCACUUGAUUUCGAUGAAGAAGAUAUCACGACGGGUGAUAGCGCAUUGGACGAUUUCUCACCAGGAAAUAGCAGCGACAAGUCCAAGAAUAAUGAUUCUGAAGAAGAGGAUGUACUGCUUGACGACUCGCUGAGCUUAAAGAAUUUCGGGAUCUCUGAUGUUUCUCUUGCAACCAUUGCAUCUCAGUGUGGUGAAGGUGGCACUAACUUUGAGAUUGAUGAACCUGAUUUUCAGAUAGGGGAAACAAUUGAUGAUCUUGACCAAUAUGAAGUUUCUGGGUGUCUUUUGAAUAUCUCGAGAGAUGAUUAUGAAAGUCUCCCCAAACACAUGAAGGGUUUGGCACCCUGGGAGGAUCUCCUAGAUGCGGUUGAAAAGAUGAACUCAUGCAUAGCGACAAAGAAAACAAAACCGGUCACCUUCAGACAAGAUGAAAUUGAAUUUCUGCAAUUAGGCAGUAAGGCGAGAUCUUACCUUUUGCUGCUCAUAAAAAUGAAUCGCCUAUGCAUUCAGACGACUGAUGGCGUUAUCUCCUAUGCAGUUACAGACCACCAAUGAUAGGCUUAUCUUUCUCUAGUACUUUUUAUCCGUUUGUUGUCUGAAAUUUUGUUCUGCAUAAUUGGUUAAGAAUCACUGAGCUGUUGAAAUUUUCACAUUCUUGCUGAUGGCUGCAUAACAUUCUUCUUUCAUAGAAAUACAUUAUUUGACCAAUAACUUGAUUUAGGUUUUUUUAGUAGCAUGGUUAUUGUAGCGCCCCGUUCGUUUAUUA